AUGAUAGCCGUCCGGGACACCACCUGGAGGAAAGUUAAGAGGAGGGCGGAAGCCGGGGCCACCCUGUUGGUCCGGAGGAUCGAGGCGCUCGGACUCCGCGUGACACUCCACAAAACCGAGGCCCUCUGCUUCAAAGGGCCGAGGUGGAGAGUGCCCGCAGGAGCGACCCUCCGGAUCAACAGGGACGAGGUCGAGGUUAGGGCCCGGAUCAAAUAUCUUGGCCUUAUCCUCCCGAACCUGAGAGGUCCGGGCGUGCAGGUCAGACGACUGUAUGCCAUGGUCGUUCGCAGUAUGGCCCUGUACGGCGCGCCGAUAUGGGCAGAAGCCCUUGACGCGUCAAACAGGGCCCUCCUCCGCAGGCCGCAGCGCAUCGUUGCGGUGUGCGCAUGCAUGGCCUACCGCACGGUUGGCCAUGCAGCGGCCUGCGCUUUGGCCGGCACUCCCCCGUGGGAGAUAGAAGCGGGUGUGCUGGCCGAAGCGUACCGGGAGCGGGCCGAGCAGAGAGCUCGGGGCGAAGCCCCGGCUCCAGAGGAGCUCGCCCGGUCCCGGGCGGAGAGAAAGCGAACGACCAUAGAGCUGUGGGCUGCUGGCCUAGCGGACGCCAAAUACGGCGCCCGCACCAUAGAGGCCAUACGCCCACGGCUCUCGGACUGGUGCGGGUGGCGCCACGGCGCAAUGAAUUAUAGACUUUCCCAGAUUUUAACAGGUCACGGCUGCUUCGGGCGGUACCUUCACCGCAUCAGAAGAGAAGAGACGGCGUCGUGCCACGAGUGCGGCGCUGAUGAGGACACCGCGCAACACACUCUUCAGGUAUGCACAGCGUGGUCCGAAGAGCGCCGCACUCUGGCAGCGACGAUUGGUGAUGACCUCUCACUCCCAGGCGUAAUUCGCGCCAUGCUGGGCAGUGAGGGGUCAUGGGAGGCGGUUUCCAAAAUUACUAUUUCGCAGAAGGAGGAAAGGGAGCGAGAGCGCGAGGAUAAUCCCCUCGCAGGUUUCCCUUGUAUCGCUGGUUGUCGCUUCGAAGUCGACUCGAAGGUAGCUCAAACUGAACUGACUCGCUCGCCUCACUGCGGCUAUUUAUAUAGGCCGAGUCGAGUCCGAGACCAGUUUCCAAAAGGCGCGAACGUCAUCGACCGGUUUGGACGCUUCCGGAAAGAUGACUCAUUUCUCACGCUCGCGCGCCGCCGGUUUUCGAGAUACUUCCAGUUUUAUAAUUUCACAACAGUACCUCUAACGCCAUCUAGUGUUGAGUAA